CGCCUGCAAGCAAAAGCAUCGAACGGAGCGCGGGCGACUCAUUCUUUCACCGACAGCUAGUGACAAACGAUCUCUCGGAAUUCUUGAUACUUGCGCCCUCGUCACCUGCUCAGAAACAAUCUUGAUACUUUUCACUUUGUAUCGCGUUAACAGUGUCGUGUGUGUGAACUUGGAUUGAUAAUUGAACUGGUGUUUAUGGUGAGAGUUUUUCAUGGAUUUGUACUUUUACGUGGUAGCGUGAAGUUUUCAGCGGGUUUUUGCUGAUAUUGUUUAUCUAGCCAAUCAUGGCGCCGAAUAUGUCUGGCUCGACUCUCCUAUUGGCUGACACAAUGAUGAGCAAAACUGUAGAAGACGACCGACCGAGGCUCAGUUCCUACAGCAAUGACACGAAGAGACGUGAUUACGAGUGGCAGAUAGUGUGGCGCAACGUUUUCGCCUUCAUCUACCUGCACGCCGGCUGCCUGUACGGGUUCUACCUCAUCUUCACUGGAAAUGUCAGAAUAUGGACGCCGAUAUUCGCGCUAGUAUUCACGAUCCUGUCGGCCAUGGGCGUGACGGCGGGCGCGCACCGCCUGUGGGCGCAUCGCGCGUACAAGGCGCGAUGGCCGCUGCGGCUCAUCCUCGCCCUCGCGCAGACCAUGGCCUUCCAGAACCACAUCUACGAGUGGGUUAGAGACCACAGAGUCCACCACAAGUUCACAGAAACAGACGCCGAUCCUCACAACGCGAAGCGGGGGUUCUUCUUCUCGCACAUCGGCUGGCUGAUGGUGCGCAAACACAAGGACGUGUUCGAGAAAGGAGCCUCUAUAGAUAUGUCCGAUCUGGAGAAGGACCCCAUUGUUAUGCUGCAGAAGAAAACCUACCUGGUGGUGAUGCCAGUGCUCUGCUUCAUCAUCCCGGCGUGCCUGCCGGUGUACCUGUGGGGCGAGGACCCCUGGACCUCGUGGUACGUGGCGUCCAUCUGGCGGUACACCAUGUCGCUCAACUUCACCUGGCUCGUCAACUCCGCUGCGCAUAUUUACGGCAACCGGCCGUAUGAUAAAUACAUCGGAGCAACAGACAACAAGACGGUGGGCAUCCUGGCUAUGGGCGAGGGCUGGCACAACUACCACCACGUGUUCCCGUGGGACUACAAAGCGGCGGAAUUGGGCAACUACAGCACCAACCUGUCCACCGCCGUCAUCGAUAUUGCCGCUAAAUAUGGUUGGGCGUACGACCUGAAGACAGUCUCAGAAGACAUGAUCCGGAGGCGAGUGAACCGGACCGGCGACGGAACCCACCCCACCAGCCAGCAGGCCUCCCACUCCGAGGAACAUCACCACCCGGACAACCCCAUCUGGGGAUGGGACGACCAGGACAUGACGGUUGAGGACAGGCAGUUCGUCGAAAUAUCGCAUAAGAAAUCCGACUGAUUUUGGUACAGAUUUUAGGUGGCCUUUCACCGAAUGUUACAUCUGUGUCUCGUGUCAAACGUCGAUGGAUACUUUUACGAAAGACUGGUCUGAUUUUUCAACAGUCAGAUAAAUGUUUACUGAGGAAUAAAUUGUCACUGUCUAAUACAAACAUUCAGACGCAGCAGCAUCAGAAUCAUUCCUCAGAUAACUGCGCUAUUGAAAAAUCAGCCCUAAAGUAUUUAAAGUUGUAUUGAAAUCAAAUUUUUAAUACAUUUUGUACUGAUGGACGUUUGACCGGCGGCGACUAAAUACGUUAGCGUUUGGUGAAAUUCCACUUUGUAGGCGUUUAAAUAGAUUGUUGUGAAUGUAUGGUGCGAAUGGAAAUGUUGUAGCGGUUUGUGAGAUCCAGUGAAGUUUGUGUGAGGAAUUAUUUGGUAGGUUUUGCCUAUACUUUAUAUUAUUUUGCCUACACGGCCAAUAUGUUCAGAAAGCUGACACUUUAAAAAUCGCAGAUUCAUAGAUGUAUUUCAUUGUCAUAACGUGGUCAUAACCAUACAUCCAUACAUACAUAUAGAUCACAGUCACUUGACUGCACUUUGUAAUCUUAUAAAAAUUACCCGAUUUGCAGUACUAAUUUCGUCUAUGCAGUUCAACAUUAAUAGAUGUAUGCAAACCCGUUAAGUAUACUUAAUUAUUAUUUGUAAGUGUCUAACUUC